AUGGCUUCACUGGAAGAGGUCCAAGAAGCAGAUUCCAGUCCUGGAGCCAUUGAAAUUGUUUCUGCAAGGGAAGAUGAACCACCAAGUUCUGAGCUAUGCUCAUUCUUCAAAAGGAUUUUCUGCAUACAGGAAGGAAAAGUAGAUCCUAGUAAAAAUGGAAAUGAGGACAUCCCAACACCUCAGUGCCAUGUUUUCAUCCCGCUAAGACUGCUUCCCCUUCUCCUUGCCUUAUUGGUCACAGCGAUCAUGGCAGUUGCAAUUGGCCUGGGUGCUUACUUCAACUGCAGUGGGAGAUUUCGGUGCACAUCAUCUUUUAAAUGUAUUGCUCAAACUGCAAGGUGUGAUGGCGUCUUCAACUGUAAAGAUGGAGAGGAUGAAUACAGAUGUGUCAGACUGAGUGGCAAGGAGGCUGUGCUGCAGGUGUUCAGUUUUGGAACUUGGAGGACUAUGUGUUCAGAUGACUGGAAGGCUGGCUAUGGCAGUGUUACAUGCAAGUACUUAGGCUUCUCCAGUUUUUUGAGUUCAGCCGACUUUCCUGUGGCUGCCGUUGAAGAUGAGUUUCAGAAGUAUUUUGUUACAGCAAAUCAAUGGUUAUCAGCUGAUCAGCUGACAUCUCCACAGAAUGCUACCUACCUACGAGAAGAGUGUGCCUCCGGGAAUGUGAUAGUCUUAAAAUGUUUGGCAUGUGGCAGUCGGUCCAGGUAUUCUUCGCGCAUUGUUGGAGGAAAUGCCUCAUUGCCACACCAAUGGCCAUGGCAAGCUAGCCUUCAGUUUCAAGGCUACCAUUUAUGUGGUGGAUCCAUCAUCACCUCCUGGUGGGUUCUGACAGCAGCUCACUGUGUCUAUGAUCUGUAUUUGCCUCCCGCUUGGAGUGUGCAUGUGGGUUUUGUAAUGCUGGAAGAAAAUUCUGUUAAUUCAUAUGUAGUGGACAAAAUAAUAUACCAUAAAAAUUAUAAGCCUAAAACAAUGAAGAAUGACAUCGCGUUGAUUAAGCUGGCCAAUCCACUUGUUCUAAAUGGUCUCAUAGAGCCAAUUUGUCUUCCUAAUUUUGGAGAACAUUUUCCAGAAGGGAAAAUGUGUUGGAUAUCAGGAUGGGGAGCAAUGGAAGAAGGAGGUGACACUUCAGAGACCAUGAAUUAUGCUGGUGUUCCUUUGAUUUCUAACAAAGUCUGCAACCACAGGGAGGUCUAUGGAGGAAUUGUAGCUUCAUCAAUGCUCUGUGCAGGAUAUUUAAAGGGAGGCAUAGAUACAUGCCAGGGAGAUAGUGGAGGACCAUUGGUAUGUGAAGACCUGAAUACUUGGAAGCUGGUGGGAACUACCAGCUUUGGGGUGGGCUGCGCUGAAGAAAAUAAACCAGGGGUCUACAGUCGCAUCACUUCAUUUUUGGAUUGGAUACAUGAACAGAUGGAGAGAGAAGAAUGGGAGAGAGGAGGCUAGCAUCAUUACCAAAAGCCCUACAAAAAGUUUUAUAAAGAGCCAGCAU